AUAAAAUAUUUCAAGAAAAUUUUCAAGAAAAAAUUUUCCAUAAAAUUCCACAAAUUCAAAUUACUGAACAACAAGAUCAAGACAACGAACAAUAUGAUUUACCAUCUAAACUUCCUACGAAAAAACAAUCGACAUCAAAUGAAAUUCCAUUAAAUAUUCAAUUAGAUUUUCAAAUAAAACAAAUUGAUUUAACACUUUAUCUCGAUGAAAUAGAUCUUAAUAAUCAACAAUUAUCUAGAAAUGAAAAUGAUAAAUUUAUCUAUUUAACAAUUCAACUUAUUCAAGCACAAUUUAAACAAUUAACAAAUAUAAAUUAUCAAGGAAAAAUACAAAUUCAACAUUUAUUUGCAGAUAAUCUUAAACAAAAUAAUCAAAACAAGAAUUUUCUACGUCUUAUUAACAAAGGUUUUCAUACUGAUCAAAAUACACCAUUAUUUAUUGCUACUCUAGAAAAUAAAUCAUUUAAUCGCACAGUUAAUUGUGAAAUGGAAAGUUUUCAUAUAUUAAUAAAUGCAGAUAUAAUAAUUUCUAUGAAAGAAUUUUUUACUUAUGUAAUUCCAUCUGAUGAUGAAACAAAAUCUAAUCAAUUAAUGGAAUUAAAUAAUCUUCAAUUAAAUCUUCCAUCUCCAGCUAAAUCAAUAUCACAAUAUAAAUUAUUAGAUCAUCAAAGACCUUCUUCGUUGACAACAAUCGAAGAUAAUCAACCUCGACAAAAACAAUCUAUUCGAUCUGAUAUUGAAACACAUAUGAACAUCGAAAUUAAACCAUCACAAUUAAUAUUACUUGAAGAUCAAAAUAAUAAUAAUUCCAAUUGUCUUGUACUUAAUUUUUUAUUUUUAAUGAAAUUAAUUAAUAAUGAUGAUGAUACAAAAAUUUCAUUGUCAAUAGAAGAUUUAACUUUAUAUGGUGCAACUUUUCAACAAUUAAAAGAUUCAAAAAUGAGAUAUUCUAUUUUACAACGUUCUGAAAUCAAUGCAACAAUUAUGAUGAAUUCUUAUGAACAAAAAAUCGAUUUAAAUAUUGGAGAUUUAACAAUUAAUAUUGAUCCAAUACUUAUUAAAACAUUUGCUAGUUUAUCAAGUUCAAUUAAUGAAAAGCAAGAAAAAAUUAAUUCAAAAGAAGAAAAAGAUCAAAUAAAUAUAAAAUCAAUAUUCGAUCCAAAACCAUUUAAAGAUUCAACUUUUUGGUUUAUUCAAAAUUCUGAAGAAAGAAAAGAAUUAAUGGAAGAUAUAGAUGUAUUAGAAAUAACAACAGGUUUACCAUCACAAAAGAAAAAUGAAUUAAAACAAAAACAAAAACAAAAAUCUAUUCAAAAAUAUGAAAAUCUUUCUCAACAAUUAAUUAUUAAUUUAAAAAUAAUUCAAAUUCAACUUGAACUUGGCAAAGGUGAUGCAACAAGACCAGUUGUUGCACUUUGUUUAUCAAAUAUAUUUGCUCAAAUUGAAAAUUGGUCAACUGAUAUUCUUGUGAAUUCAUCAGUUCAACUUGAAUUAGCUUUAUUUAAUGAUCAUUUACUUGCAUGGGAACCAUUAAUUGAACCAAUUAUUGAUGAACAUGGAAUUGUUCAAUGUCCAUGGACAAUUAAUUGUGAAACUCUUCAAGAUAAAGAAAAUGAAAAUGAUCCGAAGUAUCGAUAUUUAUUAUAUGAUGAAAAAGAUUCAUCUUCAACAGAAAAAUCUAAAGAAAUAGAAGGUAGUGGAACAAAUAUGGAUAUUAAAAAAGUAAUUUCUAUUCGUGCUGAACAUUUAUUAAAUAUAACAUUAACAAAAACAACUCUUGAUCUUGGUCAACGUAUACAAACAAUGUUUAAUGAAGCUUAUAAAAAAGGAUCAUCAUCAGAUGAUGAUCAAGAACAAGCAAUGUUAACAAUAUUUAAUCAAACUGGUUAUCAAAUUAAUAUUGAAGAUAUUAUUGGUGUUGAGUUUCCUGAUGGUGAAAAAUCAAAAGAUAAAUCAUUAAAAUUAAAAAAUAAUGAAUUACUUCAUUUAACAAUACCUCAAGAAAGAUUAUCUGCAACACAUCUUCCAGCUAUUGCUGAACAAGUUGCUAAAAGAAAACAACAAUUUAAUGUUCAAAUUGAAGAUCGAAAAGUAACAGUUGAUAUAAAUCAAACAUGGAGAAGAGUUUAUAAUUUAUUUCCAUCAUCAAAUUCUUCAUGGCCAGUUCAAUUACUUUGUGAUUCACAAAUAUAUCAAGAAAGAAGAAGAGUUGUUCUUAGUUCGAUUAUUAAAAUAUCAAAUCGAACACAAAUGCCAUUAAUUGUAUUAGAUGCUGAUUCAAUUGAAACAAAUACAUUUAAUCGUAUUGCAAAAAUUGAUAUUAAUCAAGAAUAUUAUCUUCCUAUUGAACUUCUUUAUUUAAGAAUUACUCCAAGACUUUAUUUUGCUGUUCAACAAGAUGAUUAUAAUGAUGAAAUAAAUGAUUUUAUAUCAUUUGAUUGGGCUAAUGAGUCGAUAAAUGAUCGAGUUUUAAGAUUAAAUAAUGGAACAAAUGGUCAUUUUGUUAUAUACAAAGAAGAAAUCGAAGCAUAUUCAGAAAAUACAGAUGAACCAAUACGAAAAUCAUUUAAUAUAUAUGUUAAAUUGGCUCUUCAUUUAUUAAAUUUAUUACCAAUUCCAAUUCAAUGUUCAAUUGAUAAUAUUGAAGAUGUAACAUUAAAACCAAGUGAAUUAUAUCAUUGUAUACAAGGAAAUAAAAAAUCAAUUCUUAUAUUUCGAAUUUCAUCAUAUUUAAAUGCAUCAUGGAUAUCAGAACCUUGUGAUUUAAAUGUCAAAGGUCAUGGAAUUCAUAAUGAACAUAUUAUUACAUUUCACGAACGAAUUACAGAUGAAACUAUAAGAAUGAUUUUACGUGUUGAUACAUAUCGUGCUUCAUAUCGUGCUUCAUUUUAUUCUCCAUUUUGGAUUAUUAAUACAACUGAUCUUAAAUUUCAAUUUAAGAUUGACAAUGAUAAAACAUUUAUUGAUUCAACUGAUAAACCAAUUUUUGCUUGUCCAAAUAAAUAUCAUAGUGAUUCACAGAAAAAAAAAGGUUAUAUACGUUUAGUUAGUAUCGAAGAUGAUGAAAAUAUAUCUCAAUGGUCCGAAGGAUUUUCACUUAAUGUUAUUAAAAGUACUGGAAUGACUUCUUGUAAAGUAAUCAAUGAUAGAACAUAUAUGGUUUGUAUUGAUAUUGUAACUUGUUCAUUUGGUAUGACUAAAAUCAUAACACUUGCAUCAUCAACAGUGAUUAUUAAUAAUUCAUCAUUUGAUAUUGAAGUUACUGAAAAUGUAUGUGGAAAUUAUGAAGAUAAUUGGAAAAUAGUUAAAGCUAAUCAAAUAAUUCCAUAUUGGCCACGUUAUAUAAAAGAAGGUGUUAUGUGUGUUCGUUAUUUAGGAGGAAUUUUAUCUGCAAGUUGUUUUUCAAUAAAAGAUAAACAUCGAACAUUAUUACGUAUGAAUGAUAUUGAACAUCCUACACUUCAUGUUGAAGUAACAGCAACAGAUUAUGAUGGAUUUAAAAUUAAUUUUUCUGAUUACAAAAGUGGUGAUGCUCCACUAUUAAUUGUUAAUUCUUUAUUAAAUCAACCAAUAUCAUUUUGUCAAAAAGAAGAUUUUCAUACACAAAUAUUACCUCCACAAUAUUAUGUUUAUUAUACAUGGAAUGAUUCAUUAAAACCACAAGAAUUAAUUCUUGCAACUAAUGGAGAUAAUUUAACUAUAAAACUUAAUCCUGUUUGUGGUAUUAUUGAUAAAGAAAAGGAAAAUCCAAUAUAUUACGCAAUAUUUCAUGAUGGUCCUCAAACAGUAUUAAUAUUUUCUUCUGAAACACAAAUUAUUGAAGCAGUAUCAGAUACAUCAUCAAUAAAUGAAUCAAUGAAUUCAUAUAUUCAAAUAGGUUUACGUUGUCUUGGUAUAUCAAUAAUAAAUGAUAUAAAUCAUGAAGAUUUACUUUAUAUAAGUUUAAAUCCAACAAAAGAUAUGUGGACUGAAACAAGAAAUUUUAAUGUUAAACCAGUUGAAUAUAAUCUUAAUAAAUCAAUAGAAGAUCAUUAUAAAAAAUAUCAAGAAAAUUUCAAUGAACAACAAACAGAUCAAAAAUAUGAAAUUGAUAAAAAUCGCUAUGUUAAAUUUGAUGGAGAUGUAGCUGAGAUAAGUGAUGAAGAAGGUAAUAGUAUUCAUGUAAAACGAGAUACACUUGAUGGAUUUUGGGUUGGAUAUGGUUUUUCAACAAAUCAUCAAGCUAUUCAUUUAAAAAUUAAUAAUUUACAAAUUGAUAAUCAACUUCAAAUAACAUUAUUUCCAACAAUUCUUUAUCCAAUUAUUUCAAAAGCAACAGCAACUGAUAUACCUGGAAAACCAUUUAUUGAAUUAAGUCUUUUUAAAAGUCAAUCAGUGAGAUCAAAUACAAUACAUAUCAAAUAUUUUAAAUUAUUAAUACAAGAAUUUUUUAUGUCUAUUGAUCAAGGUUUAAUUGUAGCUAUUCUUGCUUUUAUUAAACAACAAAAGGAUCCAGCAGCACCUACGGUUGAUAUGAAUCCGGAUCUUAAACGUAUUGAUAAACCAUUAGAAACAUUAUUUAAAGGUGAAACGGAUAAUACAUCUGAAGAAUCAACAAUUUAUUUUGACAAUCUACAUUUAUCCCCGCUUAAGAUUCAUGUAAGUUUUUCAAUGCAUGGUGCAAAAGCAAGUGAACAAUUAUUAGCUGAAUAUCCAAUUGUUGAUUUUUUAUUACAAAUUUUAAAUGUAGCAGAAGUUCAAGAUGUUAUAUUAAAAUUAAAUUUUUAUGAACGAAAAAAUGAUCGAUACACAAUAACAAAAUUAACAAACGAAAUUAGUAAUCAUUAUGAAGAUCAAUUUUUAAAACAACUUCAUGUUGUUGUUCUUGGUCUUGAUGUACUUGGAAAUCCAUUUGGAGUUAUUCGUGGAGUUGCAGAAGGUGUUGAAUCAUUUUUUUAUGAACCAUAUAAAGGUGCAAUGGAAGGUCCUAUUGAAUUUAUUGAAGGUAUUGCAACAGGUAGUAGAUAUUUAUUAGGUUCUGUUGUUGGUGGUGCUGCUGGUGCAGUUUCAAAAGUAACUGAAGCAGCAAGUAAAGGUUUAGCUACAUUAACAUUAGAUCAAGAUUAUCAAAAUGCAAGAAUUCAAAGAAAAGAAUAUCAAUCUCAAGCAACAUCUGAUAUUGUUGCAAGUGGAAAAAAUGCAAUUAAGGAUGUUGUAUUAGGUGUUAAAGGUGUUGUUAACAAACCAGUUAAAGGUGCAAAAGAAUCUGGUGGAAAAGGUUUUGUUAAAGGUUUAGGUAAAGGUUUACUAGGUCUUUUUGGAAGACCUGCAAGUGGUGUUGCAGAUUUAACAAGUUCAUCAUUUAAAUUAAUUAAAAGAGUUGCAGCACAUGAAGAAAUAAUUCAUCGUGUUCGUAAUCCACGUCAUGUUGGAAAAGAUGGAAUUGUUCGACCGUCAGUUGCUCAUGAAACCUUGGGAUCAUUUAUAUUUGAUCAAUUUCCUGAUGAUAAACAUCACACUACUGAAGGUUAUGUUGCACAUAUUAAUGCUACCAAAGAACCAUCUACUUUAUUUUUUGCUACAACAAAACGAAUAUUAUUUUUAAUUGAAAAUCAAUCUUCAUCAUUUGGUUAUAGUAUUGAAUGGGAUUAUCAUUUAAAAGAAAUAAAAGGAAUACCAAUUGUCAAAUUUGAUCCAAAUUUUAUUGAAAUAACUAUAAGAGAAACAAAUGUACUUGGUAUGACAAAAAAGGAUAGUUUACAUGGAAAAGUUGUUUCAUAUGAAAAUAUUGGUGAAGCAAGAUAUAUUGUCGAUAAAAUUAUUGAAAUAAUGAAAGCAUUAGAAGUAUAA